AUGUCCUCACCAUCUCCAAGAACGUCAACUAAUAGUAACAGUUCUUCAUCAGCGUAUCGUGUCAACUAUUCAGAAUAUGUAGCAGAUAUUACUGGUAGUCCGAAAGGAACACGUAAAUUGCCAACAACAGGUAUUGGACAUCAUAUUAAUUCAUUAAAUAAUCCUCAUCCAAAUCGAUCAAAUCAACCAACACAACAAACAGGAGGCACGCCACAAUAUGGUGGUGGUGCUGAUAAAUGUGCUCGAUGUUCGAAAACUGUUUAUUUAGCAGAGAAAAAAGUUGGAGCUGGCCGAGCAUUUCAUUCAAGUUGUUUUAGUUGUUAUGCAUGUAAAAGAAAAUUAGAUGCAACAACAUUAGCUGAACAUAAAGGUGAAAUUUAUUGUCAAUCAUGUUAUAAAAAACAAUUUGGUCCUCAUGGUUUGGUUAGUGGUGUAGCAAUGUCUACUGAAAAAUCAACAACACAUGAACAUCGUACUACACGUCGUUCAUCUUAUGGUAAUGAUCUUGAUUCACCAAAUGUAUCAUAUCAACAAGCACGACAACGAGCUACUUCAAAUGAACGUACCCUUCGAGAUGAACAUAAUACUACAAGACAAAAUGAGGAAUUUUUACGAAGAUAUCCACAACGUAAUGAUACUAUGGUUGAUACAAAAUAUCAAAGACCAAGUAGUCCAACAAGAAUAGAAAAACCUAUUGAAUCAAAUACAACUAGUGAUCGUCAUCGAUCGACUUAUAUGGGUGAAAAUGAUAGAAGUAAAUAUAUACAUGAAGGUGAAAGAUUGUCUUAUGGUAGUGGAACAUCAAACAUUGUUGAUGUACCUAUUAUUUCAAGUACUAAACGAUCGGAUUCAAAGAUUGACAAAUUUGAAAUAUCAACAGAACCGACAAGAGAUAAUCGAAGAAGUCGAAGUCCAUCGGUAGCAUCGAAUGAUUCUUUUCAACGACAAAGUAGUCGUGAACGACAACCUGGUUUUACAGACGAUUAUUCUCAUUCAUACACCAAUACUGACAACUAUAAUAAAUACAAUCGACAACCUUCGAGUGACAAUACAAUACAUACUGUUGUUUCUGACAAUCCAGUUACAACGGGAGAUUAUUAUCGUUCAUCAUCAUCAUCGUAUGAAAGUAAAUAUAGAAAUGCUACAUCAACUUCAAAUUUCAAUGAUCAACGUUCACCAUCACCACAAAAUACUGAUCGACACUCAUCGGCUCUAAAUGAUUUUGUAUCAAAAACAAAUAUUACUGGAAAUGUAUCUCCAUCUACUGGUAAAAAAUAUUCAGCAAUAGAUUCAUUAAUUACUGGUGCUCGACAAAAAAAUAUUCAAUACGAUGACGAUGAUUUUGAUAAUUAA